AAGUGGAUUGUACCAUAAAGUCACGAAACAUUUUCGAAAGCGAAAAAAGAAAAAAUGGAUGCAAAAAAGGAGUCUCCGGCACCGGAAUCAUCACCGCCGGUGUUGCAUCCGGCGGUGGAACCAGUCUCCUAUCUUCUAGGAACAUGGAGAGGCCAAGGAGAAGGAGGCUACCCCACCAUCCAUUCCUUCUCCUAUGGUGAAGAGCUUCACUUCUCUCAUUCUCCCAACAAGCCUGUCAUAGGGUACACUCAGAAGACAUGGAAACUCAGCUCUGGAGAGCCUAUGCAUGCUGAGAGUGGAUACUGGCGUCCUAAACCUGAUGGCACCAUUGAAGUUGUGAUUGCUCAAAGCACUGGUCUUGCUGAAGUUCAGAAAGGGACAUUUAGCACUGAAGAGAAAGUCAUACAGCUUCAGAGUGAAAUAGUGGGAAAUGCUUCUAAGGUUAAAGAGAUAAGAAGAUGUUUCCAGCUGGUUGAUGGGGUUCUUUGUUAUGAUGUUCAGAUGGCUACCAAUACAAUAAUACUUCAACCACACUUGAAAGCAGCACUGAACAAGCUCUGAAGCAAAACAUCUUCCACAUUGUGGAGCCAUCCAAUGUGACUCUUUUAGCAGCAAUUUAGGCCACUCUGGUAAUUUUCUGGAAAUUAGAAAAAAUGAGCUCGUCUACAACCUAUGUAACACGAUUCUGUGUUUGCCAUGUUCAAAAGUAUUGUAUACAUGGUUUUGAAGACCAUAUGUUUGACUGAACCUGACAUCAUUUAAUUUUAUUGAAAACAGUCAAGCAGGAAAUAUUGUGUUUCUCCAAUUGUAAAUCAUAUAUUCUUUCUUUGCUAUUUCAUAGUCUGAAGCUAUUAUGGUGCAUUAU